AUAUGAGUGUCCUCAAAGUAACGAUGAACACGUGAAAACUACUUGAGCGUGAAAGGUACGUAAUCCUUUUGCCACCCUCGAUACAUCCCUCGUACAGGAAAGGUGAUUCGACGAUGAAGAGCGACGAAAUAUUCUCUUACACGAAUGGCGCUGAAUGACGGACGCAAUGUAUUAGUUAUUAACCGUGCAGAAACAUGGCGAUAAAAUAUUUACCUACAAAGUAAUCCCACUACAAUUUUCUUGGGAAUGUGCCUACUGAGCGAUAGAUAAUUUGGCGAUUAUAGUAGAAUAAAAGAUAAACUGAAACAUAAAAAUACAAUUCCUGAGCAUGAGGAAAGAAAGAAAUGGUGCAUAUGCACGACUACCCAGUAUUAUUUGUCGACCUUCGUGUUGUGAGCAUGAAGGCGGCGUUGAGUAAAGAUUUCGCUUACGCGAUGACUCCGAUGAAGAUCAUGUCGUGGCCUGUUGGUACCUGGCCUCUUCAAGACUACAACAUUUUUUCCGCUAUGCGUGUCAUAAUCACGAGUUUCCUUUUGCUACUAAUGCUAACGAUCGUGCAGUCGGAGAUCUAUUUAGACAGCAACGACGACGAGAAAAAUCUCGACGCAUUAGUAAUACUAUCCUGCGGCAUUCUAUCGGUGUCAAAGAUCAUUCGUUUUCGUAUUCGGCCUGCUGCCCUUAUCUCGAAUUUUACGUCCGCGGUUGAGGAUUAUAACGAAUUGAGGGACGAAGAGAAACGAGUGAUAGUGCGAAAACACGCUUAUAUGGCCAGGGUGGCUAGUGUCAGUAUGAUAUUUUUCGCGUAUUUCAGCGCGAUUCUUUUCAUAACUGUGCCAAUGCUGGCUGGAGAGGAAGAGAAAGAUAUAGUUAACGUAACGGAGGAAAGUACAACGGAGUAUCCUCUACCUUCCGAAAAUGUAAUGGCACUUGUGAAAAUACCGGAAAAUUUAUACUUCAUUGUUUUUAUCGUAGAAUACUUGAUGCUGGUAUUCACGAGCACUGGAAAUCUUGGAAGCGAUACGUUGUUUUUCGGUAUCACUUUUCACCUGUGCGGUCAGGUAGAAAUUCUGAAGCUAGAUUUCCAGAGACUGAAAAUCGAGAGCGAAAGAACGAGGGAACAUUUCAACGUAUUAACCAAGAGGCAUAUUUACUUAAUUAACCUGGCCAAUAUGCUGAUCGAGACCAUCAGCUCUAUUUUGGUCAUGCAACUAUUCACGAGUUGUAUACUUAUUUGUAUAAGCGGACUUCAACUCAUUCUCGCUCUGAGCAUUGGAAACAUCGUCAUGGUUGUAAAAACAUUUAUGGUACUCACCGCUUUCAUGGUACAAUUGUUUGCAUACAGUUAUGUGGGCGAAUAUUUAAGGCGUCAAAUGGAAGGCAUCGGUGACUCGAUGUAUUUCUGCAGCUGGUACGAUAUACCGAAAAGUGUGGCAAAAGACAUUAUUUAUGUCAUUAUGAGAGCUCAAGAGCCAGUUUUCCUGAGAGCCGGACAAUUCCUCGUUGUUAAUAUGGAAACGUACAUGAGUAUCAUAAAAACUUCUAUGUCAUAUCUUUCAGUUCUUNCGAGUUAUGGUAAACGCUUGAGGCUGUGUAUAAUAUAAGAACCCAGAGAGUUAUAUUUAUCUAAUAAAGCUCAAUAAAAUAUUUAAUGCAUUACUUUUGACGAUUCAAUAUUCAUUUCAAAUAUUCAAAAUCAAGUUGGUCGAAUAUGCGCAAUAUAUUCUCACUAGGUUGUUAUAGUCAAUAUUUCGUGCAAUGACAAACAAUGAAUUAUGUAUAUGUAUAUGUACGUACAUAUUUAAAUACAUAAUACGGUUAAAUUAUGGUAGGUGACGUAGGACGAUAGUGAAAAUAAUAAUGGUGCUCCUUGUAAAAGAUGAAAUAUAUAGCAUAUACUACUUUCUAUUACAUUGAGUAGUCCGGAAGUAAUUAGCCAUAAAGCCAGAUAUAAUUAGUAUAUUACCUUGAUCAUCACAUCAAGGUUUUUACUACUGGUCUGCGUGAUGCUGAAGUUGCCUAUAAAGCUGUAGCUUUACG